AUGGAUAAUUUUAAUUCAAAGACAAGCAGACCAUUAUUUACGCCAAAUUCGAAUUUCCUGGACUAAUUUAAAAGUAGAGCUUCGUAGAGGUAUCAAAAUAUCCCUGACAAUUCAAUUGAUGUUUCGAGUACUGAUGUAGAUGACUUAAAGGUGGACAGAUAAAACAGAUACAAAGUUAAUAAUGAAGUUUCAGAGAGCAUGGUUAAAAUUAAGGAUUUCUCUGGCAACUAAAUUGCAAAUGGUCUGAAAAAUGUUGAUUAACAUAAUGAAUUUGAAAAUAGAGUUUAUAAGCAAUCUAAAGCUACAAGUAUUGAAGAUCUUAUGAGGCUUCCAGAAAAAUUAGGACCAAAGAAUAUGUCUAGACUCAAAGACCUCAAGAAUUAAAUGGAUCAACUCUAAUCUGUGAUAGCAGACUUUGAAUAGUAAAAAGUAAAGGAGAGAGUCAAAGAAGACUUGCUUAUAGAAGAAUUUUACAAAAAUAUGAAAUUUAAGGAUGAUAUUAAGCAAAAGUUAUACGAUAAAAAGAAAGAAAAUAUGAAGCUAGACUUAUAGCUUAAAAGCUCCUAAGAAGAAAUAGAAGAUCUUUUGCAGAUGAUAUAGGAAAAAAAUUAGCAAUCUAGCAAUCCAGUCAAGUCUUCAAAUUUGUUGUUGAAUAAAAAGAUGCUCGAAGAUAAGAAGAGGAGAGAGCGAUUACAGCUUAAAAUAGCUUUAGCUAAUGGGGUGGAUUUCUUAGGAGACAAUGCUAUAAAAGUAUCUGAGAAGAAAAUACUAAGCAGAUGGGAAAAACUUAAAAUACAGGUUGCAGAUAUCAUAGACAGAAUAUAACCUUUCAAAAGUGAGAUGCAAUAAAUUUACAUAAAGUUCGACAGAUCCAUAAACAAUUUCUUCCAACUCUUCAGAUUCCUGUUUGUAUUCAGCAUGAUAACAUUUGUACUCUAUGCGUAUCUUCUGCUAAUACAUUUCAUCAACACAGAUAGCAGUGAGAUCUCUAAGAUUUGUAACACAGUUGUGCCCUGCAUCUUAUACUACUCAAGAUUUCUGGCUAAAGAGGGAACAGCCUACUGCAGUACAAUUGGCCUGUUUGUAAUUAUUGGACUUAUAAUAUGCUUGUAUCAAUGGAUCAAGUUUGACAGAUAGGCUAAGUAUCAGUAAAUCUUCAAAAAGGAUGGAAUUAUAUUUGCCAGAAUGGUGCUCAAUUCUUGGAACUGGAGUGUAAAUGAAAAGACACAGUAAGAAGAUCUAGCUGAGUCUUCCUUUAACGAGGUUUUGUUUGCUCUCAAAGAGUAUGUCAUCGCCAAAAGGAUUCUCUAUAGGCCUUAAUCAAUAAAGAAUGCAUUGCUUUUUAGAAGAGUGAUCACAGGGCUCUUGAGUAUAAUAGUUAUCAUUUUUGGUUGGGCGGGUAUCAUCGCUGCUUCUUUAUAUGAAGAAAAUAUUGUUAACUACUUCGGAAAAUUUCUGCCAGACAUUGUGGCGGGUUUCAUUCCAACAGUUAUUGUAACUAUAGUAAACUUUAUUGUUCUAUUCUUGCUUGAAAAGCUUACUGAGUUCGAAGAAUGGGACUUCGCCUAUGACAAUCUAAAGCAGCUGAUUUGGAGAAGCUAUGUAGCUUCGAUUAUGAACAAUCUGAUUUUCAUAAUUAUUCAAGUGGAACUUGCUUCUGGAAACGCUUUCUUUGGGGAUGAUACUAUUGCUAGUUUUGAUUAAGCUAAUAAGCAAAAAGUUCUUUAUCAAUGCAGAGAGGAUAUGGUUGCAGUUAACUUUCUUUAGCUUGUAAUACACUUAGAUUAAUUAGAAAUUUAGUUUGUCUCUGAAAUAGUGACUAAAUGGCUUUUGACUCUCAUAUGGAUGGGUUACUACAAAAUAAGAAACGCUAUAAAUAAAAAUUAUGAAUGGAUCAAAGAAGUUGGAACACCUGAUGAAGUGGUGUGGAUUAUUUCAUUUCAGUUGAUAAUAUGGUCUACCAUUAUAUACUUCCCCUAUAUGGUAUUCCUGUAGCCAUUCAUAAUGCUUAUUCAAUUCAAAUAUACCCAUUUUGUGAUUUAUAAAUGGAAAAAACAACCUACUUUUUCCUCAAAUGAAGAUGCCAUUGGAAAUUUCUAUAACACAUUCCUGACAUUUACAUUCAUCAUCGUGAUAGUGAUUAUUUCUAUGUUCUUGUUUCUACCUAUGGAUAGAUACUCUAGAGUUUCUGACCCCAAAAAAAUGUGUGGACCCUAUCCAACAAAUGUCUCAGUUAUAAAUGCUUCAAAUCUCUUCUUUAAAUCAAAUAUCAACCCUUAGGAGGAUGAGGAUUAAAACGAGAGCUUAACAACUAGAUACUUCUUGUCAUUUCCUUUUAUUACUUCAAUAGCUUUGAUUCUGAUUUCCAGCAUUUAGCUUUAAAAAGGAUUGAUAGAAGUGUAUGAGAAUUAUAAAAAGUAAAAAUUCAAAGACUAUGACAAUUAGAUUGAAGAUUUGCAGUUGAAUUAUUUCACUUUAGUCAGGAAAGAUAAUCUAUUCAAAGAUGCAAGAAGAUAAUCAAAUUUCAAUUCAAAUGCUUGA